AUGUUGCCAGUUAAAGGUGACGGAAUGCGUGGACUGGCCGUUUUCAUAUCUGAUAUAAGAAGCUGUAAAAGUAAAGAAGCAGAAAUUAGGCGAAUUAAUAAAGAACUGGCAAACAUUAGAUCAAAAUUCAAAGGCGACAAAACAUUCGACGGUUACCAAAGAAAAAAAUACAUCUGCAAACUCCUGUUUAUAUUUCUCCUGGGGCAUGACAUUGACUUUGGCCACAUGGAAGCUGUCAAUCUGUUGAGUAGCAAUAAGUACACUGAAAAACAAAUUGGUUACCUUUUCAUAUCAGUUCUUAUAUCAGGGUCCAACAGUCUAAUCAACCUAAUCAUACAAUCUCUGAAGUCUGAUUUAUCCAGUUCGAACGUGACAUACAAGAUGCUGGCCCUGCAGUGCAUCGCUAACAUUGGCUGUCGGGAUAUGUGUGAUACUUUUGCAGGCGAUGUCAUAAAGUUCCUCGUGUCUGGAGAUUCUAUGGAAUCUAUAAAACAAUGUGCAUCACUGUGCCUUUUGUCCUUGAUAAGGAAUAAUCCUGGAUGCAUUAGCAUGAGUAACUGGGCAUUUAGACUGAUACAUCUACUAAAUGAUAAGGAUUUGGGCGUAGUUACGUCAGCAAUCAGCCUUAUACAGGUACUUGCAACCAAAAAUCCUAAAGAAUAUAGAGCCUGUGUGCCUAUCGUUAUAUCCAGGCUGAACAGGAUAGUGAUGACGCAAAUGAAUGACUUGCAAGAUUACACAUACUACUUCAUUCCUGCCCCAUGGCUCUCUGUUAAGCUGCUGAAACUACUGCAGAUUUUCAAUUUCAGAGAAAGUCCUGUAGAGAAAAAUCGACUGGUGGAGGUGCUGGAUCACAUUUUGCAGAAGAACCACGAGUCGCUGAAGUCGAAGAAAGUGCAGCACGUCUUCGCCAAGAACGCCGUCCUUCUAGAGGCCAUCAAUCUGAUCGUUCAUGUCGAUGGCGAUCAGCUGCUGCUCGUCAGGUCGUGCAACAUUCUCGGCAACUUCCUCAUUCACCGAGAGAUUAACCUUAGAUUCCUGGCUCUGGAAGGAUUGUGCCUGCUGGCGACAACGGAGUACAGCCACAAUGUUGUCAAGAGGCACCAGGAGCUCGUUCUCAGUGCUCUCAAGACUGAGAAGGACAUUGCUGUGAGGCAGAGGGCGGCCGACCUGCUGUAUGCCAUGUGUGACAGGAACAACGUGGCCGUCAUCGUCUACGAGAUGCUGGCCUACCUGGAGAAUGCUGAUCACUCACUGAGGGAGGAGAUGGUUCUAAAAAUAGCCAUCCUAUCUGAGAAGUACGCAGUUGAUUAUACAUGGUACGUUGAUACUAUAUUGCAUCUCAUCAAGGUGUCUGGAGAUUAUGUCAGUGAUGAGGUAUGGUAUAGAGUUGUCAAAGUCAUCAUAAACAGAGAUGACGUGCAGGGCUACGCUGCUAAAACUGUUUUUGAGUGCCUUCAAGCCCCAUCAUGCCACGAGAACAUGGUCCGAGUUGGUGGCUACAUACUAGGAGAGUUCGGAAACCUUAUCGCUGGGGAUUCAAGGUCAAGUCCAUUGGUCCAGUACAACCUCUUGAUGUCGAAGUACGCCCUGUGUACCUUGCCCACUAAGCAACUGCUACUAUCCACAUUCGUUAAGUUCGCCAACCUCUUCCCAGAGAUAAAGAGCAACAUUUUGCAGUUCUUCAAGUCGCAGAAGCAAUGUAGGAACUCGAACAUUGAAAUUCAGCAGAGGAGUGUUGAAUAUAGCAAGCUCAUUAUGGACGCACCCGUUGAUGUGUUGGCAGUUAUCUUGGAGGAAAUGCCUCCGUAUGUCGAGAAUCAGCCUAGUCUGAUGAAUAAAUUGAGGCAAAAAGUCACUACAACAAAAACAACAUCUUCGAUGACGUCAUCAUCAACAACGACAACAACAACAACGUCAAAGUAUGGUAACCUCUACGAGGAUGACCUCAUUCAGAUCGGGGUGAGGUCAGAGUUCAGGAAGAAUUUAGGCCGUCUGCACCUCUACUACGGUAACAAGUCGUUGCAUCAGUUUACUGGGUUCAGAACCACCGCCCAGGUUCAAAAGCAACAGCUGCUCAAUAUCGAGUGCGCCGAUGACUUCACUGAGCCUCCAAUUUUAGUCGUCCAUUUUAAGUACUGUGAUACAAGUAGAACGCUGUUCAUUGGUCUGCCGAUAUUGUUGAAUAAAUUCAUCGAGGGUUCCAUUAUGGAUGCUAAUACUUUUUUUGUUAGGUGGAAUAAUUUAUCUAGGCCGUCGCAGGAAGUGCAGAAGAUUAUACUAGCCAAGUACUCCAUGAACGAUGACGUCAUCAAGCAGAAGCUCUCGCUAUUCGGUCUAACGGUACUCGACGGUAUAGAUCCGAACCCGGUGAAUAUCGUAUCUGCCGGUAUCUUGAAUACGGCCUCCCUUCUUAUCGGCGUACUAGUUAGAUUAGAACUAAACCAUAUGGCUCAGAUGUACAGGCUAACAGUGAGGGCUUACAAAGACGGUGUUGCAGGCACGAUGUGCUCGCUACUGGAACAGCAGUUAUGA